CGUUGUCGCUCUCGUUGUUGUUGUUUAGUGUUGUUUUUGUUGUUGUUGCUCAACAUAUAUUGGAUACGUCACAGUACAGAGGUGAAGAUGCCUCAAGAAGACCCUCUACAUCCGUCGGAGAAGCUUCUCGAAUUUUACAAAGACAGGCUUCGGGAAUGCCGAUCCCAUAUCAUAGACCUCCGGAAAGAUGUCGCAGCUUGUCAGGGAUUGGCUGAGCAGUCAGCGACGAAGGAAGAAGAAACAGUGCGCAUUCUAGCGGACACGUCGGCUCUCCAAGAAAACCUGAGUGAACUGCAGUCAUGUCUAUACAAAGAAAGAGAACACUCCUUGAGCCUCAAGAGGGAAAUCGAAAAACUGGAAUUGGAAAAAUUCGUAGACAAAAGAAAGAUAGCCUAUCUACUUCAAGUCGCCGGUAUGAAGGAAUCAGAGAUAGAUUUGGAGGACAGAGCGAGGACAAUUCUUGGGAAGUCGCCAAGAAAAAGAGUGCGGUUCAGAGAAGUGAAAAACUUCAACAAGAACAUCCAGGAUUUCAAGGAAGAAACUUUGACGGAUGUGUUAAAGCUGAAGGUUGACGCUCUAGAAAACGAACUCAAAGCGCAGACUUCCGUCUUGAAAGAGGAACUGAUCUCGCAGUCGAAUGAUUUCGAUCUUAGGAAAAAAGAAUGGGAAGCUCAGAAGAAGAUUUAUACUCAACAGAUCGCUUGUCUGAACAGCAGGCUGAGGAACGCUCAGCAGUUCAAGUUCUCCGAAAUGGAUUCGUAUCUCGAAGAGCUUGACAGAGUACGCCAGAGAGAUCUGAAACUGAUCGAGGAUAAUGACAAGUUGAAGCGGUCUCUUGCUAUCUGCAAAGAACUCCUUGGUGACGACUACCCCAACGAGAGAGCAAAGAAGGCGGAGUCAAGUCUUAAGAGAUUGAGGGAGCAGCUUGAUCAAAGGGACAAACUGGUCAAAGAGUACGAGGAUCAGAAAGCGGAGCUGUUAGAGCAGAUGAGGUUGUUGAAACGCGAACUGGAAAACGAGAAGGAAUUGAGGCAGAAGGACAAAGAGAGACUGGUCAAGAGGGAGGAGUACUACAAAGGCAAGAUGGAAGAAGAGAAAAAGAGAAGGCUGUUGGAGACCGAAGGGUUCACCGCCGACGUGAAGCUGCUGCGCUCGAGGCUACAGAGUGUAGAGCGGCAGAUCAGGCAAGACCGUCUGAGGAACAGGCACCACAAGGAAGAGUCCUGA